CCAGAAUGUGGGUUCUUCGGCAUGUACGACAAGAUCCUGCUCUUCCGCCAUGACCUCAACUCUGACAACAUCCUGCAGAGGUUGGCCUCGGCGGAAGACAUCCAUGAGGGGGACCUGAUUGAGGUUGUUCUAUCCGCGCUCGCCACGGUUGAGGACUUCCAGAUCCGUCCGCACACGCUGUACGUGCACUCCUACAAGGCGCCGGCCUUCUGUGACGACUGUGGGGAGAUGCUGUGGGGUCUGGUGCGCCAGGGACUCAAAUGCGAAGGGUGUGGACUCAACUACCACAAGCGCUGUGCCUUCAAGAUCCCCAACAACUGCAGCGGGGUGCGCAAGCGACGCCUGUCCAAUGUCUCCCUGCCCGGGUCUUCACUGUCCAUCCCUCGUCCCGCUCCCAUCGAGAGUGUCGUCGCCCCCCCAGAGGAGCAACGCCCCCUGUUGGAGGCAGGGAAGCGCAUCCCGUCCUGGAGCGGCCGGCCCAUCUGGAUGGACAAGCUGGUCCUGGGACGAGUGAAAGUGCCGCACACCUUCAACGUGCACACCUACACACGGCCCACCAUUUGCCAGUACUGCAAGCGGCUGCUCAAGGGGCUCUUCCGCCAGGGCAUGCAGUGCAAAGACUGUAAAUUCAACUGCCACAAGCGAUGCGCGUCCAAGGUGCCAAGAGACUGUCUUGGUGAAGUAGUCUUCAAUGGAGAGCCUGCCAGCCCUGGCCCAGACUCCGAGGUGACUAUGGAGGUGGACAGCAGCGACGUGAACAGCGAGGGCAGCCGAGGCAUGGACGACGCUGAGGAGGUGUCCACUCCGGAGGACAAGAUCUUCUUCAUGGACUCUCCCUUCAUGGACGGGGACAAGGAUGACGGGGAGACCAUCAAAACUAUUAGUCCAUCCACCAGCACCAACAUCCCGCUCAUGCGCGUGGUGCAGUCCAUCAAGCACACCAAGCGCCGCAGCUCCACCAUGGUGCGGGAGGGCUGGAUGGUGCACUACAACAGCAGAGACAACCUGAGGAAGAGGCAUUACUGGAGACUGGACAGCAAGUGUCUCACCCUCUUGCAGAAUGAAAGCGGAGCCAAGUAUUACAAGGAAAUCCCGCUGUCGGAGAUCCUUCAGGUGGAUACGGCUCAUGACUUCCGUAACCUCGCUCAGGGAGGCAACGCGCACUGCUUCGAGAUCAUCACCGACACCAUGGUUUACUACGUGGGGGAGAACACCGGCGGCCACUACCACAACCCUGCGCUGGCGGCCUCCGGCGUUGGCCUGGAGGUGGCCCAAGGCUGGGAGAAGGCCAUCCGCCAGGCCCUGAUGCCCGUCACGCCCCAGCCCAGCGUCUGCACCGGCCCCGGACAGGGCAAGGACCACAAUGAGCUAUGUGUCAAUAUAUCAGUGACAAACUCCCAAAUUCAGGAGAAUGUGGAUAUCAGCUCAGUCUACCAGAUCUUUGCCGACGAGGUCCUGGGUUCGGGGCAGUUUGGGAUUGUAUAUGGCGGGAAGCACAGGAAGACCGGAAAAGACGUCGCCAUUAAAAUCAUCGACAAGAUGAGAUUCCCCACCAAGCAGGAGAGUCAGCUGAGAAACGAGGUGGCCAUUUUGCAGAGCCUUCACCACCCCGGCAUCGUCAACCUGGCGUGCAUGUUUGAGACUCCGGAGCGGGUCUUCGUGGUCAUGGAGAAGCUCCAUGGCGACAUGCUGGAGAUGAUCUUGUCCAGUGAGAAGAGUCGUCUCCCUGAGCGCCUCACCAAGUUCCUCUGCACCCAGGUAGAAUGUGCUCCACUGUGA